AUGACUCUCAGGCGCGGUCAAAACCGGCGCAAUAACGUGUCCAACAGCAAUCCUCAACAACCUUCCCACCGAUCUUCCCACAACCGCAAUCCCUCAAACCUCGCCCAGCCCUCCGACUACGAAUCAGAUAUUCAAAAUAACUACAUCUCAGACACCCAGAUUACUGCUAAUGGCUCCACGUCUAUAGCCACUGACUCUCCACAGCCGAAACCCCCAACGCGCACGAACGAGGAGCUGAACUUGGCUGUCCUCCGGCGCCACUAUCCAGACAUCCUCUCCAUCCUCUCCCUAGCCCCGUACGCCGUAGUCUACAAUUUCAGCGCUACAACGCAGCUGUGGGAGAAGAGCGGAAUUGAAGGCACCAUGUUCGUCUGCCAGCUGACCCAGGGCGAGCUGGGCGAGGAGCGCUAUAGCGUGCUGGUCCUGAACCGGCGUGGCAUGCAGAAUUUCGAAGCCAAUCUUGCGGACGGCGAUGAUGUGGAAAUUACGGAUGAAUAUGUCAUUUUGAAGGUCGCGUCGACGGGCGCGGAGCCUGGCGCCACUACGAUCAAGGCGGCAGACGGCCGCCAGUCAGUUAUUUAUGGGCUGUGGAUCUUCUCGGAGCCCCCACCCAGCUCUACGGCGGAGACUAGGGCUUUGAAUGCGCAGAUUAUUAAGGAGUGUGCCGUACAUGGUGGGGAGAGUAGGAGAUUUGCACUAGAGAGGGUUACCGCGGAGCGGAAUCAGGGUGACGCCCAGGGUCAUGGAGACCAGGGGUUAUAUCAGGGUGGUGUACCCAUGGGCCGACAGAUUUCGCUGAAAGAGUUGUUUGGGCAGCAGAGAAAACAAGAUGAUGAGUGGAGUGUCAAGGUCCAUAGUCCCCAGUUACGAACAGUCGAUUCAGAGUCACAGUUAGCACAGCAACAGCUCCACCAGCAACAGCAGCAACAGCAGCAACAGCAGCCGCAGGGAGGCCAAGAUUGGCCGACUCCGCCGGCUGCUCCACCGCAACCGCCAACAACUACAGGGAAUGAUGUACUUGGUGCGCUUUUCAGAAAGGCGUAUCAAUCUCCUGCACAGUGA